UAUGCUGGCUGUGGGUGGGAGAGAGAGCGAGCCCAGGCUGGAGCAGGGGUCAGCAAGGUAAGUAUCAUUGGUGUCAGUGGGAGGAAUAAUGCCCCAUCAUUGGUGUCACUAAUACCAAUGAUGGCACUAUUCCUCCCACUGACACCAAUUAUGGGGCACUAUUUCCCCCCCACUGACACCAACGUAAUGAUGGGUCACCAUCGUUGGUGUCAGUGGGAGGAAUAGUGCCCCAUCGUUGAUGUCAGUUGGAGGAUUAGUGCCCCAUCAUUAGUGCCAGUGUGGAGGUAAUAGUACCCCAUCAUUGGUGUCAGUGGGAGGAGUAGUGCCCCAUUGUUGGUGUCAGUUGGAGGAAUAG